ACUCUUGGAGCGAAGGAGAGCGGGUCGUAAGGAGACUCCGGUUAGGGUCUCAGAGGGAGUCGAGGAGGUUCUGAUUUUCUGUGGCGUCUGGUUCGCAUCGGAGUUCGCUUAUUCUGCCGGGGGCUUCCUGGACAGGGCUGGAUUCUAGGGGUUUUGUUUUUGCUUUUCAAAGGGGAGAGGGUGUAAGGAAAGAGGAGAAUGGACAGACUAUUGAUCGGAACGUUAAUUGGGGCUUUUCGGAUGGGAAGAGCAGAAUAAUUCUAUAUUCUUCUUCCUUCAUUUGCUCCAUUAGUUAGGCUGACUUCAUUUUUGAAUUCUUAACUUGAAAUCGGUCAGUGUGUUUGGCAGAAUUUGACCUAAUUCAGGGGUUAGAGUUCUAUCCUGUUUAAAUGCAUUUUAAUUAGGGCACGCAAUUCAACCGGUGUUUGCGAUGGAAUUUCUGAAAACCUGUGUACUUAGAAGAAAUGCAUGUAACGCGGUUUGCUUCUGGAGAAGCCACGCGGUACAAAAGCCUUCAGUUAGAAAGAUUAGUACUACCUCUCCAAGGAGCACUGUCAUGCCCGCCUGGGUGAUAGAUAAAUACGGGAAGAAUGAAGUGCUUCGAUUUACUCAGAACAUGAUGAUACCGGUCAUACACUAUCCAAAUGAAGUUAUUAUCAAAGUUCACGCUGCAAGUGUGAAUCCUAUAGAUGUUAAUAUGAGAAGUGGUUAUGGGGCUACGGCUUUAAAUAUAAAACGUGAUCCUUUACAUAUUAAAACCAAAGGAGAAGAAUUUCCCCUGACUCUGGGUCGGGAUGUCUCAGGUGUGGUGAUGGAAUGUGGACUUGAUGUGAGGUACUUCAAGCCAGGAGAUGAGGUCUGGGCUGCAGUUCCUCCCUGGAAACAAGGCACCCUGUCAGAGUUUGUUGUAGUCAGUGGGAAUGAGGUCUCUCUCAAGCCCAAAUCACUCACUCAUACUCAAGCUGCCUCUCUGCCGUAUGUGGCUCUCACAGCCUGGUCUGCUAUAAACAAGGUUGGCGGCCUGAAUGACAAGAAUUGCACAGGAAAAUGUGUUUUAAUCUUGGGUGCUUCCGGUGGAGUUGGUACUUUUGCUAUACAGGUAAUGAAAGCAUGGGGUGCUCACGUGACAGCAGUUUGCUCUCAGGAUGCCAGUGAACUUGUAAGGAAGCUCGGGGCAGAUGAUGUAAUUGAUUACAAAUCCGGAAAUGUGGAAGAGCAGUUGAAGUCUUUAAAACCGUUUGAUUUCAUUCUUGAUAAUGUCGGUGGAUCCACUGAAACAUGGGCUUUAAAUUUUCUCAAGAAAUGGUCAGGAGCCACAUAUGUGACUCUGGUGACCCCUUUUCUCCUGAACAUGGACCGACUGGGCAUCGCAGACGGCAUGCUGCAGACAGGAGUCACCGUGGGUUCUAAGGCAUUGAAGCAUUUCUGGCAAGGAGUCCAUUAUCGCUGGGCCUUUUUCAUGGCCAGCGGCGUGUAUCUAGACGAUAUCGCGAAACUGGUGGAUGAGGGAAAGAUUCAACCCGUUAUUGAAAAAACGUUUCCUUUUUCUCAAGUUCCAGAAGCCUUCCUGAAGGUGGAAAGAGGACAUGCAAGAGGAAAGACCGUAAUUAAUGUCAUUUAAAUAAACACUCAGUG